ACAGACACAGGGGAUAACAUGGGAGCCAGUAAAGUGAUUCUGCUGAUGAUCUCUCUGAUUCCAUGCGUCACCACCGAGGAAACAGAAGAGUCUCCUAAAGCUAUUGUGUCUCGGCUGUCUAACUGGACAGAUGCCUUCAGUGGAGAGACAGUCACUCUUAGAUGUGGCAUAGAUGGGGGAGAGCCCUCAGACUGGCUAUACAGCUUUUAUAAGAAUGGGAAGGAGCGAAAGCAUGUGAGUUCUGGGCCAGAAUUCCAAAUCAAAUGGGCUCAUGAGUCACACAGUGGUGACUACAGCUGCAGAGCAACACGCAACGGAGACUCACAGACAUCGGAGAUCAGUGAAGCCAUCAUCAUUACAGUUUCUGGAAUACCAAAGCCAGUUGUUAGAGGUCCUCCACAGACCUGGCUGACCGAAGGAGACUCAGUGACUCUGAGCUGUGAAGUUAGAGGCUCCACUACAGGCUGGAGAUUCCACUGGUUCAAGACUGUUUUCACUGUUCAGACCAGCGCUGGGUGGUCACAAAUCUCAGACAGAAGAGGAGCUGGAGCCAAUUACACUCUCAGCCCUGUUGCUCUUAAACAAACUGGGGUUUAUGCAUGCAGGGCAGAGAGAGGAGAGCCACCCUAUCACACAGGGUUCAGCCAACCUCAGCCUCUCUGGGUCACAGGCCUUUCUUCUUUAGCAUCUGUGGUUGUCAGUACCAAUAAAACACAACAUUUCACAUCUGAGUCUCUUUCCCUCGGCUGUGAGGAGCAGAGCGGGAGUUUUAUUAGAUGGAGAUUGAGAUGGUCCUCGGGUAAGAUGGAGCGUGAUGUGUGUCCCUUUGACUGGACUAAGACAGGAUCCAAAUGCCACAUCAGCUCAGCAACUCAGACAGACAGUGGAGUUUACUGGUGUCAGUCUGCAUCUGGAGAGCAGAGUAAUCCUGUCAACAUCACUGUACUGACAGAUGGUGAUGCAAUCCUGGAGAGUCCUGUCCAUCCUGUGACUGAGGGAGAUCCUCUGACUCUGCGCUGUAGAUAUCGCUACCAGCCAUCAAACAUCAGUGCUGACUUCUAUAAAGAUGGGACACUCCUGCAGACCUCCACCACAGGAGAGAUGACCAUCCCUGCAGUUUCAAAGUCACAUGAAGGCCUCUAUAAGUGCAGCAACCCAGAGAGAGGAGAGUCACCUGUGAGCUGGAUCACAGUAAAGGUCCUAAUUGUGCCAGCUCCAUAUUCUGGAUCCUCUCUGCUGGUUCCAAUAGGCGGGGUUGUUGGACUGGUGAUCAUGGUUGUCCUCAUCAUAAUUCUGUUCCUGCUGUAUCGUUUCAAAAAGCUGAAAGCAGGUCUGGGUAUACAGACAACACCACCUGGUCAACAGCGGGAAUGCACCAAUCACAGAUCAAACCAGGACCAGAGUCAGCCUGGAGAAAGUGAUGGGGCUCAGUCAGAAUAUAUGCCAUUGCAAAGAGGUACCACGGAUGUCUAUGACACCAUUAAAGCAGAUUACAUGCCUCUACAACCAAGAAAUACAAACAUAUAUGAAACUUUGAAAAUUGCACACUAACAGUGGAUGAUGAGAUACCAUUCGCUAUGCAUAAUAUCUCAAUAUCACACAAUGGCAAUAUGUUUAAACAUGUUUUUUUUUUUUUUAAUGCUGAAUUUUUACAUUUGACAUGUUUCUGAUGUGUACUGUAGAUAGAUUAUUAAUUGUUAGCAUAGCAUACUUAUUGUUUCUUUCUUAUUCCAGUUGUUUUGAUGUGUAUCAGCUUGGCCAAAAGUGUACCCUGCAUGGUGCAAAUUUGCCUUUGUUACAUUUGAGAUGCAGGCUUUUUGACUAAACUGGUGACUAAAAUGGUGAACUCCAUAUAGUUAAUGUUACAUUUUGACCAUUUAGAUCCUCUUUAAUAUAUCAACCAGAUUGUGUCUUUGACCAAGUAUGAUCAGUUCAAAAAUAUGUGUGCU